GCCGCGGGCGGCGGGCGGCGGGCGGCUCCGGGGCCGAGGAACGCGGCCGGGCCGGGCGGGCCGAGCGCGCCGAGAGAGCGGGAGCCGAGCGAGCGGCGGCGGCGGGAGGAGCAGCGCCGCCGCCGCCAAGAUGGCCGACCUGGAGGCGGUGCUGGCCGACGUGAGCUACCUGAUGGCCAUGGAGAAGAGCAAGGCCACGCCGGCCGCGCGCGCCAGCAAGAAGAUCCUGCUGCCCGAGCCCAGCAUCCGCAGCGUUAUGCAGAAGUACCUGGAGGACCGGGGAGAGGUGACCUUCGAGAAGAUCUUCUCCCAGAAGCUGGGGUACCUGCUCUUCCGAGACUUCUGCCUGAACCACCUGGAGGAGGCCAAGCCCCUGGUGGAGUUCUACGAGGAGAUCAAGAAAUAUGAGAAGCUGGAGACGGAGGAGGAACGCGUGGCCCGGAGCCGGGAGAUCUUCGACGCCUACAUCAUGAAGGAGUUGCUGGCUUGCUCGCACCCCUUCUCGAAGAGUGCCACUGAGCAUGUCCAGGGCCACCUGGUGAAGAAGCAGGUGCCUCCGGAUCUCUUCCAGCCAUACAUCGAGGAGAUUUGUCACAACCUCCGAGGAGACGUGUUCCAGAAAUUUAUCGAGAGCGAUAAGUUCACACGAUUCUGCCAGUGGAAGAACGUGGAGCUGAACAUCCACCUGACCAUGAACGACUUCAGUGUGCAUCGCAUCAUCGGGCGUGGGGGCUUCGGUGAGGUCUACGGGUGCCGGAAAGCAGACACGGGCAAGAUGUACGCCAUGAAGUGUCUGGACAAGAAGCGCAUCAAGAUGAAGCAGGGGGAGACCCUGGCCCUGAACGAGCGCAUCAUGCUUUCUCUCGUCAGCACUGGGGACUGCCCCUUCAUUGUCUGCAUGUCGUAUGCGUUCCACACGCCGGACAAGCUCAGCUUCAUCCUGGAUCUCAUGAAUGGCGGGGAUCUGCACUACCACCUGUCCCAGCACGGGGUCUUCUCUGAGGCCGACAUGCGCUUCUAUGCGGCUGAGAUCAUCCUAGGCCUGGAGCACAUGCACAACCGCUUCGUCGUCUACCGGGACCUGAAGCCGGCCAACAUCCUUCUGGACGAACAUGGCCACGUGCGCAUCUCAGACCUGGGCCUGGCCUGCGACUUCUCCAAGAAGAAGCCCCAUGCCAGCGUGGGCACCCACGGGUACAUGGCCCCCGAGGUCCUGCAGAAGGGCGUGGCCUACGACAGCAGUGCUGACUGGUUCUCCCUGGGCUGCAUGCUCUUCAAGCUGCUGCGGGGGCACAGCCCUUUUCGGCAGCACAAGACCAAAGACAAGCACGAAAUUGACCGUAUGACAUUGACAAUGGCCGUGGAGCUUCCCGACUCCUUCUCCCCUGAACUCCGCUCCCUGCUGGAGGGUCUGCUGCAGAGGGAUGUCAACCGGAGGCUGGGCUGCCUGGGCCGUGGGGCUCAGGAAGUGAAGGAGAGUCCUUUCUUCCGCUCACUGGAUUGGCAGAUGGUCUUCCUACAGAAGUACCCGCCCCCACUGAUCCCCCCGCGGGGGGAGGUGAAUGCAGCCGACGCCUUUGACAUUGGCUCCUUUGAUGAAGAGGACACAAAAGGAAUCAAGUUACUGGACAGCGACCAGGAGCUCUACCGCAAUUUCCCCCUCACCAUCUCGGAGCGGUGGCAACAGGAGGUGGCAGAAACUGUCUUUGACACCAUCAAUGCUGAGACAGACCGGCUGGAAGCCCGCAAGAAGGCCAAGAACAAGCAGCUGGGCCACGAGGAAGACUACGCCCUGGGCAAGGACUGCAUCAUGCAUGGCUACAUGUCCAAGAUGGGCAACCCCUUCCUGACCCAGUGGCAGCGGCGGUACUUCUACCUGUUCCCGAACCGGCUGGAGUGGCGGGGCGAGGGCGAGGCCCCGCAGAGCUUGCUGACCAUGGAGGAGAUCCAGUCGGUGGAGGAGACACAGAUCAAGGAGCGCAAGUGCCUCCUCCUCAAGAUCCGCGGUGGCAAACAGUUCGUCCUGCAGUGCGAUAGCGACCCUGAGCUGGUGCAGUGGAAGAAGGAACUGCGAGACGCCUACCGAGAAGCCCAGCAGCUGGUGCAGCGGGUGCCCAAGAUGAAGAACAAGCCGCGCUCGCCCGUGGUGGAGCUGAGCAAGGUGCCGCUGGUGCAGCGCGGCAGCGCCAACGGCCUCUGACCCGCCUCCACCCGCCCGCCUUUUAUAAACCUCUAAUUUAUUUUGUCGAAUUUUUAUUAUUUGUUUUCCCGCAAAGCGGAAAAAGUUUUAUUUUGUAAUUAUUGUGAUCUCCUGUGGCCCCAGCCUGGCCCAGCCCCCAGGGAGGGGCCCGCUUGCCUCAGCUCCUGCUGCCACCGACCCAGCCACUGUCCAGAGCCCCGCCUGACCCCUGGGGCCACCCACUCCCAGUGUCUUCCUGUGGGGAGAGCAGCAGCCCCCAGCAGCCCUUCCACCCCUCCCCAGGGAUGAAGCCUCACUGAGCUGCGCCACCUCAGGCCCUGUGUGCCGUGCUCUGCCACGGCACAGCUAGGUGGUCCAGCGUCCCCCCCCCAGGGGAGGGCACAGCACAGGGAUACUACUUGAACUUUCCCACCACAGGCCCCCCCUGCAACAGAGGGCCAGGGCCCUGUGCUGUCCUGCCUUCUGGCCAUUGGUGAGGAGAGGCCCCUUGUCUCCCUGGCCCCCAAGGCCUCCUGAGGUGACUGGGUCUCUUGGGCCGUUGUUCAGGAAAAGCCCCCAUGUCACUGGAUGACCCCAUCCCCCUGCCCUGGAUACUGUGGGGCUCCGCGUGGAGGGCGGCAUUGGCAGCAUGCUCCCCGCAGCCCUCCUCUUCCCGCCAACCCUGGGCUCAGGACCACGGAAAGGCACCUGUGGGCUGGGCCACACCUGCCAAGCCUGGCCCCAGGUGCCCCCCACCCCAGGCUGGGUGAGACCUCACCUUCCUGGGACCACAGCUGGCCAGCAGGGUGGCUGGGUGGCACAGCGAAGGUCUGUGGUCGGGGCCAGCCCUCCCUGCCCAGGCCAGUCAGUGUGCCCCCAGCCCUGGCUGUCCAGCCCCACAGCCCACGUCCUGUCAGUGCCACUGCCCACGGGCACCACCUCACCCACCGCAUGCCCCCUGUGCCAGUCGCGCUGCCAUGUGUGGUGUCGCGCCUUCUCCCCGGGACUGGGUCGGCGCCCUCCCCUCUUGUCUACUCACUCCCGGGGCGUUUCUUUGCCGAUUUUUGAAUGUGAUUUUAGAGUGGAAAAUGAUACUAUGCGUUUUUAUAAAAAAUGGUGCCUGAC